GGAUUAUCGUAUAGAAACCAUUCGCCCGGAAGGAUAUCGGGGGGCUGAACCUAACGUUGCAUUCUAUUCUGAAGGUUAUGCGAUGGUUUCACACGAUUCGUCGGAGUCAACAGCGUCGGACCGUGCCAAUGUCGAUAUCUUGAUCAUUGGAGCAGGGCCCGCGGGGCUUAUGGCCGCAUGCUGUGCCGCGCAGUACACUCGGUCCAUCCGAAUCAUUGAUCUGAAAGAGAGCCGUACGAAGACGGGGCAUGGGGAUGGCUUUCAGAGCCGGACGCUGGAGAUCCUAGACAGUUUUGGCCUAGCCCAGGAUAUCCUGAAGCAGAGCACGCCCGAUGUGGAGGGCUCUUAUUGGGCGGCGAAGAAAGACCGUGGACAUAUCCAGCGCGUGGGCAUAGAGCCAGCCGGCAACGGGCAUAACUCAAGGUUUCCAAAGGCGUUGCUCAACCAAGGGGCAACAGAGCAGAUCCUUCUAGACUACUUAGAUCGAAAGCAUCAGAUCCGUGUGGACAGACUGAAGUUGGCCCAGACCUUGCACAUUCGUGACGUGGCUGAUGCAGCCUUCCCGGUAUCUGUGGACGUCCUGCAUGUGAUAGAUAAUGACCGUGAACGCUCCAAUGAGCGGGAAACUGUCAAUGCACGGUAUCUCGUUGCAUGUGAUGGCGCACACAGCUGGGCCAGACAGCAGCUGAAUGUCUCCACGGAGGGGGACCCCAGCGGGUCAACCUGGGGCGUGUUCGAUAUAGUUCCCAUCACGAAUUUUCCCGACAUUCGCCGGUCAUGUGCGAUCCAUUCCGAGGGUGUGGGGAGCAUCAUGACUAUACCCAGGGAGAACCGAAUGGUUCGGUUCUAUACUCAUCUUCACGACGGCGUUGGCGAGACCAACGUGGACGAUUCUGAUGGUGUCCCGCACGAGCUGGUGGACAGAGCCGCAAGGACUAUGAAGCCUUACAAUCUGACAUGUAAACAUUGCGACUGGUGGUCACUAUAUAGGGUAGGAAGACGUUUAGCCACGAAAUACAGACCUCAUGAUCGGGUAUUCCUGGUGGGCGACGCAGCCCACAGCCAUUCGCCACUAGGAGGGCAGGGUAUGAACGUGUCCAUACAGGACAGCUACAACCUCGUGUGGAAGCUAGGGGUGGUGCUCUCCGGACGCUUUGACAGCAUCAUCCUCGAUACGUACGAGAGGGAGAGACGUCCUGUUGCGGAAAGGUUGAUGCGACUUGAUGCGAAGCUUGUCCAAGCGUACGAAGACGGGUCCACUACAAGCGACAAAGGCGUAGCUGAAACACGCGAGGACUACUCUGGCUUCAUGUCGGGUAUCGAGCUGAUAUAUCCCCCGGGUGUGCUUGUCUCGCAAGGAGGGAGCUUUGGCAGUGCCUCCGCAAGGAGUGUAAAGCUCGGUAGACGCAUUGAUUCAGUUCAGGUGACUACACACUGCGAUGGGACCAGGACACAACUUGCGCGUUAUUUCUCGACGAAUGGAUCAUGGAGGCUACUCGUCUUCCCAGGUGACCUACGACAACAAGCGCGGAUGAACUUGAUCACUCGGUUUGCGGAAGCAUUCGCCAAGUGUCCUUCUCUCGCAGCAUUGAACCGAGCCUCCUUUGGGAAGGCAAAGUCUUCUAUCAUUGAACCAGUUCUCAUCCACACCAGCCCAACAACAGCCUUCAACCUCCUGGAUCUCCCAGAUAUGUUUCACCCAUUUGACGAGGAGCUUGGAUGGGAUUACUGGAAGGUUUUCUCCGAUGAUAAAGAGCACUCCGCUGGUGUUGGACACGCCUAUGAAACGUAUGGGAUCGAUGACGAAGGACCAUGCUGUCUGAUUCUUUGCCGUCCAGAUCAACAUGUUGCGUGGAUAGGCGAUUCGGAAGAUGUUGCUGGCUUGGAUGAGCAUUUCUCGAAAUUGCUUUGUAAAUAGUAUUCGAAUAGAAUUUGUAAAUAUAGACCUG